AAUCAUCUCCAAAUUUUCAAAUGAAGAGACUUGUGUUUUCCCAGUGUUUCUAUUCUUGAUUUCAGUAAUAGUUGGUUGUCCGAAUAAAAUUGUCGGUUUGUAACACAAAUUUGUGGACUUUCGGAAUUGUGUAGUGUUCAAGUUAAUUAAAAAUGUCAAAUGUUGUGGGGUAAAGGAGGUGUGCAAAGACACUACCAAAAUUUUAUUAGUCCUAAUCUGUAAUAACUGCUGUUCCUGAAAUAUCGAAACAGUUAGAAUAUUCGUUCAUUUACUUAUAAACUGCUAAAUACAUUACAUACAUAAAAAAUUUCGUCUCAAGGUGUUGUUUUGGCAUAUACUGCAAUGGCUUUCAAUAUUUCGUCCAUCAGAAACGAGGUAUCUGGAGUAGAAUUAUUUGAAGGAUAUUCAGACAAGCUUCUAAUGUUUGCUUCGAUUGCUUGUAUUAUAUUUAUGAUCGUGGGUAUACCUGGAAAUAUGAUAAAUAUAAUAGCAUUGGCAAGAGGAAAACAGACGCGAAACUCAACAGCGAUUUUUAUAAUAAAUUUAUCAUUAUCGGAUUUGCUAUUUGACUGUUUCAACCUACCUUUAGCAGCUUCGACAUUUUUGAGGAGGUCCUGGAUACACGGAGAGCUUCUUUGCAGAUUUUUUCCGCUUAUGCGUUACGGUUUAUUGGCUGUUUCGUUAUUUACCGUUUCGCUCAUUACCAUUAACAGAUACAUUAUAAUAGCUCACCCUCGACAGUAUUCCCGGCUCUAUCAACGACGUUAUUUGGCUUUAAUGAUUGCGGGUACAUGGAUAACGGCUUUUUCUAUAAUGAUACCUACAUGGCGUGGAGUUUGGGGCAAAUUCGGAUUAGAUACUUCUAUUGGAUCUUGUUCCAUCCUGCUUGAUAAAAAUGGUCAUACGCCAAAAGAGUUUCUAUUCAUUGCAGCUUUUUUGGUCCCUUGUAUUUGCAUUGUGGUUUGUUAUGCCCGAAUUCUUUACCUUGUGCGGAAGGCAGCGUUUAAAUCUAGAGAAACUCCUGCUAAAAAUAUCACAUUUCAAAAUGAAGCUCCUACUCCACGGCGUCCUAAUUCUGAAAAGAAUCUUACUAACAACCAAGACUUGACAUUAAAAUCACCGAAUGCCGUGGAAGACCAACCUAUAGUGAAACCAUUUGCGGUUUACGAAGAUUUGGAAUACAUUGAUGUAAGUGAUUCAAAUGAAAACGGGCCAGAAUUCGAUGAGAUAAUCAAAGUUAACAACAGUGAUAACAACUCGAACGUGAAGGAAAUGCUUAAUGAAGCAUCAAAGGCGCAUAUUGAUGAUCUCGCAAGCGAUGCAAAGAAAACACAAUCACAUAAAGGGUUCAUAACCACAUCUCUUAAAACAUCGUUCAAUAGGAUCACACCACGAAAAAGUCAUUACGUCUCUAUGGGAAAUACUUCGAAUGCCUCCUCUAUAUAUCCGGGGAGAAUGAGCCAGAAAGAUCGAAGGUUACUGAAAAUGAUCUUGGUUAUAUUUAUAUCAUUUCUUUUCUGUCAUUUACCAAUAACUAUAACAAAACUUUGGAAAAGUACUACAGAUUUACAUAUUGUUAAUAUAAGUGGAUAUUUAUUGAUAUAUUUGACUACUUGUGUAAAUCCCAUUAUAUAUGUUAUGAUGUCUAGUGAAUACAGGCAAGCUUAUUGGAAUUUAUUACGAUGCCGGAAGAAAGCGUAAACAUUAGUGCAAUGUUAUAUUCCCAAAGUUUUGCCAACAUGGGCUCAGCAUACAAAUUUCAAACGCUU